AUGGUUGUUUCUAAACUGUUUCAUGUAUUAUUUGGUAAAGAAUGCCAUCCUAUUAUUACAGGAUUUCAUAAAAGUUCAAUUAUUGUAUUUGCUAAUGGAAAAUUACAAGUUAUAUUUGGUAUACAACCAAAUUUUGAAACCGGUGAAUUAAGUUAUUCCCAAAAUGUUAGUCUUAAUUUAAAACCAGAACUUCCUCAAAAUUUUGAGUGUAAAAAAUUAGUUACCUCUUCAAGUAAACAUCAUGUUGCUCUUGUUGGGAAUAAUGAAGUAUUUUUAAUAUCACUACCAUAUGACUUAUCAUGUUUUGCUUUUAAAUUAGAAAGAAUAAAGGAUACUUAUUUUUGUGAAUCUUUACCACUAAUAAAAGGAAAAUAUGGAAAGAAAAUCAAAAUAAAUGAAGUAAAAUGGUCUGAUGAUGACGAAGUUUUUAAUUCAUCUACAGUUGGUGUACUUUUAUCUAAUAAUUCUGUAGAAUUGUAUAGUGUAUUAGAUGUAAAAAAACCUAUUGCGAUAGCAAACUUUGGUUUAUUACUUCCAAAUGAUUCUAAUACAUUUGGACUAUCAACAAUGUUAGAGAAUUUUUCUUUUGGACCAAAAUUUAAAAGUGAAAUAACAGAUGAUCAAUAUUAUACAAUAUUUGCAGUUGAUAAUGAGGGACAAUUUUAUACAAUAUCAUUUAUUGUUGACAAAGGCAAAGUUUUAAAAAUCUUUUCUCCUACUAAAGGAAUUUAUAUUUUUGGUAAUGAUAAUAGACAUUCAAUAAACAACAUUUGUGACAUUUUAUUGUUAAAUAAUUCAUGUAGAGACAAAAUUCCGAUAUUUUCUGUUGUAACAUACUCUGGAACUGUGAUGCAUCUUACGUCUUUAAUAAAAAGUGACGUUGAUUGGAAAAAUGGUAUUCCUGAUUUUGAGUUGUAUGUUGUUGAAAACUAUCAAUUGCCAACUGUAAAAGUUGAAGCAGGAAAUUCAAUUACUAUUAGUAAUGAUUCAACAACUCCAAAUAAUUAUAUGAUUCAGGAUUUGUAUAGUUUGUAUUCGGUUGAUUAUACAACGUCUUUAAAUGGCUUAAUAAGUCAAAUGAUAAAUAAACCUUUUUCUGAUCAGACAGAACCAUUAAAAUUCCACCAAAUUUUUGGAUGUUCUGGAUCAAUAAUUCCUAACACUGGUUCUGUUGUGUGUUUAGAUGAUAGUGAACUCAAAAAAAUGCCACUACAAUCAGUUUUAUUUUUAUGUGUAUGUUCUGAUGGAAAUAUUUUAUAUCAUUGUAUUUAUCGCGAACUUAUGAGGAAAUUAAAGAUACCAGAAAAUGUAGAAAAUAAGAUAACAGAAAUUGCUCCAAAACCUACUGAAUCUAAUCUUAUUUCAGAAAUUCUUACAAUUAUGUCGAAAAGACAAGUAUUUCCAGCUUUUAAAAUUUCCGAAAAACCUAGUGAAAAAGUUCAAUUAGAAUGUAUGAUUGAUGCACUUAAAAUUAUUCUUGCUAAUAAUGAAAUUUUACAUCAAGGAAUUGAAAAAGUUGAUACGACUAUAGAAAAAAUGUCUACACUCCAUAAAGAAAAUUGUACCUUUGUUGAUAAAGAGUUGGAUAGAUUAUCUGAAUAUUUUGAUGAUCUUAUGCGACUCAAAGAGACUAUAAAAAUAUGCAGAGAUUCAAUAAAAGGAUUAAUUAAAAGGACUGAUAAAAUAAUGGAUUAUGUAAUUCCAUCAGAUGAUGUACCAUUGAUUGAGAAUGAAAUAAAAAUUUAUGGAAAACUCGAAGAAAUUGAAAAUUUGUGUGAAUCUAUGAGCAAGGCAACUUUUAAUAUCUUAGAAGAUGUAAACAAUAAAAAAAGUAUUCUUUAUGGAACAACAAAAAGUUUCCAAUCAUCUGCAUCGGGUCAAAAGUUUAUGUUAAUGAAAAAUACAAAAGAUAUUGAGGAUCUUCAGAAGUGGACUAAGAAGUUACAAAGUAGUGUAGAUGAGUUUUUCUAA